AUGAUCUCCAUGUUGAGCCGCCGUUGUUUAUGUCGAGCCGCUGUCGUUCAUGUCAAGCCUCUGCCUGUCGCCGUCUCUUCCUACUCAACAUCGUUUCAUGGUUCGCAUGGUUCACAUGGUCAACUAUCUAUGUCGAGCAAGCCAGGAAACCUUAAACCAUCAAUCGUCGUCUACGUCGGUGCAAUCAGGCAAGACCUUUGCCUACGGACAUACACCUGCACUGUUCUCUACGGUAGUCUUAGCAUGGCUGAAAGACAUGAAAUCCUCUUCCUAGCCGCUGAACUAGAAGGUCUUCUAUCGCUUAUCGAAUGA